AUGAAUUCUCUCCCUAAGAAUCUCAAGAAACAAGUUACUUGUUCGAUUUGCUUCGAUACCUACGCAGAGCCCAAAACUAUAUCAUGUCUUCACACGUUUUGCUGUGAGUGUUUGGAGAAACAUGUAAGAGUGAGCCAGAAAAAGGGAAAAUUUCGAUGCCCCGAGUGUCAGGCAGUGAUCGAUUUACCAGAUGGAAAUCGCUUCGACCGUUUGCCUACCAGCUUUUUCCAUAAGAGUUUAUUGAAUCUUCUGGCUGUUCGAAAGGGUGGUGCGGCAAGUAGCUUUACCUGUUUUCAAUGCAGUGCAACCAACCCCCAGAUGUACUACUGCUUCGACUGCGAACGAUUCAUGUGCCCUGAUUGUUUCAACGCACAUGAAUUGCUCAAGAAGUCUUUUCAAGGACACAAAGUCACACCAGUUCAAGACUUCAAAACAGAAGAUUACGAAGCAUUGUUAAAGAGACAACCGUUUUGUUCUCGGCAGUUCCACGAGAGAGAAAUUACACGGUUCUUUUGCUCGCAGUGUCAAGUUUGCAUUUGUCAAAUUUGCAUAGUCACGGAUCAUCAAAACCACAAAGUUGUUGUGCUCGACAAAAUAGCACACGAGGAAAAGGAUAACAUGAUGUCGGGCGCUAAAUUGAUCAAGAAAAUGGAAAACAAGCUCCGUGAAGUCAUUAAGCAGUUUAAAGAAACCAUUUCGAAGCUGGAAAGCAAUAUGGAAACGGCUAAGCGAAGCGUCAAGCAAGCAGCUGAGGAAAUGAUCGCAGAUAUUCGAGAGCGCGAGCGAGAGGCGUUGGAAUCCCUCGAGGAAACACGCGCGUCGAGACUCCAUAAAAUUAACUCGGCUAAACAGGAAGUGGAAUCCUUAGUAAAACAAAUGAACCAAGCAGCUCAGUUUGCGGAAAAUCUAGUGCAGGGAACCUCAAGCUCGGAUAUUAUGCAGAACAAAGAAACUAUAAGGACCAAAUUUGAAGAGCUUCUGCGAGUUGAAGUUCCAAAACAUCAGCAGACGACAUUCAUUAAAUUCACUGCAGCAUCUCACAAGGACUUGAAACUGGGUUUCAUUGAAGUCACUGAAGACGCAGCAAAGGCAGCUAAAUCAACUUUAGACGGACUGGAUCAAACUUUCCAGGCUGGAGUAGAAGCAGAGUUUACGUUAUAUCCAAAGAAAUCUGGAGAUGAGAUGAGUAACCAGGCUGAUCUUAAAAGUCGAGUUGAAUUGCUGGUUAAACCCGUCAAGGAUGUUACAGACGUGAUUGUCGAAGAGAAAGAGGACGGCAAUCUUGCAUUGAAGUUUACUCCCAAAGUACCUGGCGCCUAUAGCAUUGAGGUGAAGAUUAAUGGCGAUAAACUAUCGACCCGUCCCAUGACUGUGCAGGUAAAAGAACGUGAAAUUGUUGUGGUCGGUGAGUUGAAGUUAAAGCUCUUUAAAGGGAACACUCUUGAACGGUUAUUUGGAGUUGCUGUGAAUACAGAAGGCCAGAUAGUUGUAACAGAUAACUUUGGCCACUGUGUUUAUGUCUUUGACAACAAUGGCAACUGUUUGAGAAAAAGUAGAGGCGAGGGUAGCAAUACAGGACAAUUUCAGUACCCUAAUGGCAUUUCGUUUUUUAAUGACAACGAAGUCCUGAUUGCAGACUCAGGAAAUUGCAGAAUACAACGACUUAAUAUUCAGACAGGAACCGUGGUCAAAAGUUUUGGAAAAAGAGGCAGGGGAAAAGGAGAGUUUGGCAGGCCAUUAGACGUUACUGUGGAUGAUAAAGAACGCAUUGUUGUAACCGAGUGGGACAAUAAUAGGAUACAGGUGAUGUCAAAGGAGGGGGAAUCUAUUUUCACAUUUGGAGACAAAGGCCCAGAGAAACUUUUAUGGCCAACCUGCUGCAUUCUUUACCAAAACAGGUUUCUCGUAUCCGAUACAGGCAACCACUGCAUAAAAGCUUUUGAUCAGUCAGGAACAUUGUUAUACAAAUUUGGCAAAAAAGGGAAUCAAGAUGGACAAUUUAACUGGCCGUAUGGUUUGCUUGUAGACAGCUCCGAUAAUCUUCUAGUAUGUGACUCUGGCAACAACCGAGUUCAGCAGUUUUCUUUAGACGGUCGCUUCACCGGCAAAAGCAUCAUUCGUUUAUCUAAUGUUACAGCGAUGUUAACAGCACCAGACAGGCGUAUUCUUGUUACUAGCCAUGAUGAGAAAAAGGUGUACAUUUUAAAAUAGACACUCUCAAAAGUGAACUCAAGUUUGCUUCUCGAGCCGCUCCUUGCCUGUGAUUUGCUUCAUUUUGAUGCUGUUUCAUCAUUUGUCUGGAAAAAGUCUUGGCGAUAAUAUCAAGACUUACAAUUCUACUUGGAGACAAAAACCUUUUGACUUGAAGUACUUAGCCCAGGUCUUUCAAGCUCGUCAGUUUCAAGCCGUCUUAAUCUCUUUUAUUAAGUUCUUUAUCAAUCGUUUUUUCUCCGAUCUAAAGUUUUGUUUAUUUUCUUUAAGGUCAAGGUAUCGCUGCAAUUUGAAUAAUCUACUCCAAGAGAUUUAACAACAAGUCCUCAAAAAUGAGUAAGGGGAGCAGUAAAACUGCUUGGUGUAUCGAAAAAUUCGACAAAUUUGACUUUUUUUAUAGCCUGAGAAUAUAUAUCUGGAAAACUUCAAGACCAUGUGCUGCUUUUUGCAGUCAUUGAUUAGUCAGGAUAGAUUAACUGCAGGUUUUUCAAUCUAAGAAAAUGUAUCUUUAAUGAAGCUUUAAUUCAAGAGCAAUUUAUGGCUGCAUAAUUUCACAUGUAUAAGUAAUCAACAAGCACAAGAGGUAAGGUGACAAUUGUGUUAAAAAAUGAGCAUCUACCGAGUAGUAAGGUCAUAACUAGAGGUGGUUUCUAAGUAAGCUUAAGUGU